GCAUCUCUGGGUUCCGAAGCCCCUGCCUCGUCCCUCCCCCUUCCUCCUCCCUCCUCCUCCUCCUCCUCCUCCUCCUCCCCGCCGGUUGCCCCCUCUUCCUCUCCAGCCCCGGGCACCUCGGCUCCAGGACUGCGCUGCGGGCACGGCUAGCGGGGGGUUCCGGUGCCUGGGGGAGUGUCGGAUCCUUUUUUCUCUUCCCCCCCCCCUUUUUUUUUCUUCUCCCCUCUGUCUCGCCACCCACCCGGGCUGAUGUGCUGUGCGAGAGGGGGGACAUGGAAGUGUUGAUGCUGUGGCUCUUCCCCUGGAUGUUUCAGUGCGUCUCGGUGCGGGCGGACUCCAUCAUCCACAUCGGUGCCAUCUUCGAGGAGAAUGCGGCCAAGGACGACGAGGUUUUCCAGCUGGCCGUGUCCGACCUGAGUCUCAACGAUGACAUCCUGCAAAGCGAGAAGAUCACCUACUCCAUCAAGUUCAUCGAAGCCAACAACCCCUUCCAGGCUGUGCAGGAAGCCUGUGACCUGAUGACCCAAGGGAUCUUAGCCUUAGUCACAUCCACCGGCUGCUCCUCUGCAAAUGCCCUCCAGUCCCUCACGGAUGCCAUGCACAUCCCACACCUCUAUGUCCAGCGCAACACGGGCGGCUCCCCCCGCACCGCCUGCCAUCUGAACCCCAGCUUGGAUGGAGAGGAGUACACCCUGGCCUCAAGGCCCCCUGUCCGCCUCAAUGAUGUGAUGCUCAAGUUGGUCACAGAGCUGCGGUGGCAGAAGUUCAUCGUCUUCUAUGACAGUGAAUAUGAUAUCCGUGGGCUUCAGAGUUUUCUGGACCAAGCCUCAAGGUUGGGGCUGGACGUCUCCCUGCAAAAGGUAGACAGAAACAUCAGCAGAGUGUUCACCAGCUUGUUUACCACCAUGAGGACGGAAGAACUGAAUCGCUAUCGGGACACAUUACGGAGAGCCAUCCUUCUGCUCAGCCCCCGGGGAGCCCAGACAUUCAUCAACGAGGCAGUGGAAACCAACCUGGCUUCAAAGGAUAGUCACUGGGUCUAUGUUAAUGAGGAAAUCAGUGACCCGGAGAUCCUGGAGCUGGUGCACAGUGCUCUGGGCAGAAUGACUGUGGUCCGCCAGAUCUUUCCCUCCGCAAAGGACAGCCAGAAAUGUACAAGGAAUAACCAUCGGAUCUCAUCACUGCUCUGUGACCCUCAAGAAGGUUAUCUGCAAAUGCUGCAGGUCUCCAACCUCUACCUGUACGAUAGUGUGCUGAUGCUGGCCAACGCCUUCCACAGAAAACUAGAAGACAGGAAGUGGCACAGCAUGGCAAGCUUGAACUGCAUGAGGAAGUCCACGAAGCCAUGGAACGGAGGAAGAUCCAUGCUGGAGACCAUAAAGAAGGGUCACAUUACUGGGCUCACUGGAGUGAUGGAAUUCCGAGAAGACAGCUCUAAUCCUUAUGUCCAGUUUGAAAUCCUUGGUACCACGUACAGUGAGACGUUCGGCAAAGAUAUGCGCAAGCUGGCAACGUGGGAUUCUGAGAAAGGACUGAACGGCAGCCUGCAGGAGAGACAUACGGGCAGUGAUUUACAAGGACUGACCCUGAAAGUGGUGACUGUCUUGGAAGAACCUUUUGUGAUGGUGGCAGAGAACAUUCUUGGGCAGCCCAAACGUUACAAGGGAUUCUCCAUUGAUGUCCUGGAUGCACUAUCCAAAACACUGGGUUUCAAAUAUGAGAUCUAUCAAGCUCCUGAUGGCAAAUAUGGACACCAACUCCACAAUACAUCUUGGAAUGGAAUGAUUGGAGAACUCAUCAACAAGAGAGCAGACAUGGCCAUCUCGGCUAUCACUAUAACUCCUGAACGUGAAAGUGUGGUGGAUUUUAGCAAGCGGUACAUGGACUAUUCGGUGGGAAUUCUCAUCAAGAAGCCAGAGGAGAAAAUCAACAUCUUCUCUCUCUUUGCUCCCUUUGAUUUUGCCGUCUGGGCCUGCAUCGCAGCUGCUAUUCCCGUGGUUGGUGUCUUGAUAUUUGUGUUAAACCGGAUCCAGGCGGUCAGAGCCCAGAAUUCUUCCCAGCCCAACCCAUCUGCAUCCUCCACGCUUCACAGCGCCAUAUGGAUUGUGUAUGGAGCCUUUGUCCAGCAAGGAGACGAGUCAUCUUCAAAUUCCGUUGCUAUGCGAAUUGUGAUGGGGAGUUGGUGGCUCUUCACGCUGAUUGUGUGUUCAUCCUACACGGCUAACCUCGCUGCCUUUCUCACGGUGUCCCGGAUGGAUAAUCCUAUAAGAACAUUUCAGGAUCUGGCCAAACAAAUGGAUCUGUCUUACGGCACAGUCAAGGAUUCUGCCGUCUAUGAAUACUUUAAAGCCAAAGGCACCAAUCCACUGGAGCAGGAUAACACAUUUGCGGAGCUCUGGAGGACCAUUAGUAAGAACAACGGGGCUGACAAUUGCGUCUCCAAUCCAUCUGAAGGCAUCAGGAAGGCAAAGAAAGGGAGCUACGCUUUUCUCUGGGACCUCGCAGUGGUGGAGUAUGCAGCCCUGACAGAUGAUGACUGUGCAGUGACCGUCAUUGGGAACAGCAUCAGCAGUAAGGGUUACGGGAUCGCGCUCCAACAUGGCAGCCCCUACAGGGACCUCUUCUCCCAAAGGAUCCUGGAAUUGCAGGACACAGGAGACCUGGACGUCCUGAAGCAGAAGUGGUGGCCGCGGAUGGGGCGCUGUGAUCUGAAUGGCCACACCGGCGCUCAGACUGACGGGAAGUCCCUGAAGCUCCACAGCUUUGCCGGCGUCUUCUGCAUUUUAGCUGUCGGACUCCUCCUUGCCUGCUUGGUGGCAGCCCUCGAACUGUGGUGGAACAGCAACCGUUGCCGCCAGGAAACGCCAAAAGAGAUACAGCAUGGGCAACAUCAGUGCACCCUACCCCACUCUGCCCCGCCAAUGUGCCUCAACCUUGACCUGGAGAGACCAACUUUAGGGGAUAAAGAAGUCAACCUGGAGCAGGUGCACAGACGUAUGAACAGCUUAAUCGAUGAAGACAUCGCCCACAAGCAGAUUUCCCCCGCGUCCAUUGAGAUCUCGGCUCUGGAGAUCGGGGGCAUGCCUUCCAGUCAGACCUUAGAGCCCGUGCGCGAAUACCAGAACACUCAGCUCUCGGUCACCACGUUUUUGCCAGAACAGACAGGCCACGGACCCAGCAGGACACUCACAUCUGCCUCCGGCAGUAACCUGCCGCUGCCCCUCAGCAGCUCAGCUACCAUGCCCUCAAUACAAUGUAAACACAGGUCACCGAAUGGAGGACUAUUUCGUCAAAGCCCCGUAAAAACCCCCAUCCCAAUGUCUUUUCAGGCUGUGCCCGGGGGGGUCAUUCCAGAAGUCAUGGAGCCUUCCCAUGGAACAUCCAUAUGAUCCUGACAAACCGAUCAUCCAAGCAACCAACCAGCAGAGCUUUUUAAUACAAUUAAAAAAAAAAAGAAAAAAAAAGAAAAAAACUCUUACCUUUUUCUUGUACAUAUCUGUAAAUAACGGAAGAAUGAAGUGGGGUAAAAGUGUAUUUUGAAUAUUCCCAAUUUUCGAAGUCAGUAAAAAAAAACAAAAACAAAAAAUGUAUGAAUGACUUUGUAAAUUUUGUUCUAUAUGAAUAAAAAGGCAAAUUCCUUGUGAUCGUUCUGCAGUGCCAAAGAAGACGUGUUACUGGGACUGAGGGCAGGAAGCCUUUUUCAGAGAUUUUAACCCAUUCCCUUUUUGGUGGGGCGAGGGGUAUCGAGUAAAAGGGGAAGUUUCCAUUUUCCUUAAGCUCAGCAUCUCCUCUUCCAGAGGGCUAUCUGGGCCUUCUAUUUCUCCCAGUCCAAUCAAUCGAUCAAUGGUUUGUAUCAAGUGCUUACUGUGUGCAGAGAACUGUAGUAAACACUGGGGGAAAGUAUACUACAUCAGAGUUGAACCCUGCCCACAAGGAGCUUACAGUCUGGAAAUGAGCAGACCUUUGCCUAGUCCAAUCAUUUGUUAAAAAAAAAAAAACACAAAACAAAACAAUAAAAAAAACCCCAACAAUCCGCAAAUCAAAGCAAUUGCAUUCUGCUAACAAGAACGGCUACCCCAUCAAAAGAACUCACUCUGGGGUGCCGAGGGAUUCGAUCAUAUGACAUGCUGCUUGUCUUUGAAAUGAUUUAGUCAUGUUCCCAUCACCCAUUGUUCUCACUUUUCUUUUGGAUAACUCUGUUUGAACCCAGGUCAUGGGAAGAGCCGGGGCAAGUCUAUAAGUCACAGCUUUUGGAGUCUGCUGUAUUCCUUAAAGGCACGUUUGGGUAAGAGGAGGUCCCUAAUGGAUAGGAAUAAAAGCCUUAGUGGGAGGGGCUAUGUGGCUGAUGCCAGCCCCGGGUGGGCAGCCUCUGUUUUGCAGCACUCUGGGAGGGGGAGGAUAAAUGUUAUUUCCUGCUGGAGGUCCCAUCCUUAAAUGAUCUGGCCGAAUCAGAUCCACCACGAAGCGAGGCUGUGAAUGGGGAAUGACUUUUGCUUUCACUUUUCUCUCAUUUCAUGGCUUUUUAGAGAGUAGGUUCCUCCCCUGUGUGGUUUUUUUUAAUUCUUUUUUAUCAUUGCAGGGGUGAUCUAAUUGAGAAUGGCCCCAGUGCACUUCAAAAGAAAUAUACCAUUUCCCCAAAGCAACCCUUCCGGAUUCCCCAGCCAGUGCCCUCAGAUGACCUUAAUUGUAAUUGAUUUGGGAUCAAAGACAAUCUUCCCCUCAUCCUUCCCAUCACUAUCCCCAUCACCGGGAUCACCCUAGGCCAUAGUAUGGGCCGAGCCCUGUCCAACUGUUACCAUCUGGACCUGCUCGAUUCAAGUGAUUUGAUCCUAGGAUAGAAGGCAGUGACUACAAGGACCUUUCUUCUUGCCGCUGAUAUCAGCACCAGGCUUUGUAACCCAUUGGACUGGAAAAUGGAAGUCUAUCUUUCAGAAACAGCAAAGUUUCCCACUGGAUGAAGGAAAAACAGAAAUGGGCUGGGGCUCCCACCCCACCAGAAGUCAUUAGGUGACUAGAGAGUGUAGGAUUGUGUUCCUGGAGAAAUAAAAAGUCCAAUUGAUUGCCUCUUAUAUUGCCUUGUAUAGGUACUUGCAAGAUGUAUUUAUGGGGUGAUAACUAGCCUGGCAUUGAUUUCUUUUCUGCAGUCCCCAGGGAAAUGAUUGACCAGUAAGGGGAAGCUAAAUCUAAUAGUUGGCUAAAAACACCCCAGGGAAAAGGUGUUUAUAUUAUUUAUCUGUGAAUGCUGAUAAUUGGCCAAUAUUAGCGUGGUCAAGGUGAUUAAUUUCCAUUACUCAAAUCAAGUUUGAUUUGGGAUGAAGAUGAUACAGUUCAUGGUUACAGCACUAGGAGGGCUUCCUGCUGGAAAUGCAUUAUAGAUCUGCAGGUUGGAAGACAAUUAGUCGAAGUAAAAGGAGAUGAACUAUUGAACCACAUAUUUUUUCAUCUGCAAGUAAAGGGCCCUGAUCCAGGGGGUUUCAUUUUGCUUCAUUUAUUAAAAAUCCACCUACCUUCUCAGCGUUUUUCCGCUCUUGAAACUGACGCUUGUUUCCUGCCCAAAAAUGUUUUUCCUCAUUCAAGACUUACUGAGAUAGUCCCUAUUGAAUGGUGUUGCAAAUUGGUUUUCUAACAGAGAAGAUACGGGAGGGGAGAGAGAGAGACAGAGAUAAAGAGAAAAGAAGAAGAAGGACAAAUGUAAUUCACAUAGGAGUAUUUGUGGAGAAAAAAAAUCUCCCUUAAAAUGUAAUGGCCAGAUUAAGGUUUUUCACCCAGUAUUAUUUUUCACUUGUAUUCACUUAAUUCAUUUAACUAAUUAAAAUACUUCAGUGAGUACU